ACUCUACAGCAACCAAAUUCCCACGGACUUGAAUGAAACUAGUAUUUGUUUUUGAGUUGUUACCCAACCGAACUAAAACUGAACUGGAAGCAAGCUUGGGCUCGCCGAUUCACACCACGCUGGCAGGACGAACUAGGCCGGGGGCCCUGACGACAGUGGCGUGCAGUCUGCCUCGGAGGAGGAGGAGAGAGAACUCCAUCAUGUCUACAACUGCACCAUAGGUUACAUUACCUGCUGUUAAGCAGAUCCAGUCACUCAGUCAGUCGCUACAGCACGCUCACCGGGGUCGACAGCACAAAGCAGAGUCGCUCAGACAGACACACACCACCAUACAUGCACAGAGACGAGACACACACCUCCUCAGUGACGCCAGGGGAGCUGAGGCAAAACUGACGAGAGAGGAGGAAGGGAAGGACAAGAGACCUGCAAGAACAGGAAGAAGAAGAAAGUUGCAGAUUUAAGAAAAUAAAGGAACAUUUGCGGAAACAUCAGCCAGGUUGUCUAAGUGAAGGGCUCCCUCCUGAGGCCGCCUGCUGACAGAAGGAAGAAUCUUUCCGUGUAUGACCAGGAGCCUCAUGAGCGUGUGCACAUAACCUCCACCCACCUCUGUGUGCGUGUGCGUGAAGCACCAUGCUGUGGACAGUGCUGCUGGCGUUGUUGGUGCUUCUGCUGCUGCAGACUCAGCUGUCUGUGUGCUUAAGAGAAUUACGCAGUGGGGGCUCCAGCCCGCCUGCCCACUCCUCUUCAUCCUCCUCGUCCACCUCUUACAAUGCCACCCAGCAGCGACUCCCUGGAGCUAUCAUCAUCGGGGUAAGGAAAGGGGGAACCAGGGCCUUGCUGGAGAUGCUCAACCUGCAUCCAGAUGUGGAAGUGGCAAAAGCUGAGGUGCACUUCUUCAACGUGGAGGAGCACUAUCGCCGAGGUCUGGCCUGGUACCGAGCCCAGAUGCCCUUCACCCUCCCUGGUCAGCUGACAGUGGAGAAAACCCCUGGUUACUUUGCGGCCCCUCAGGUUCCUGUGCGGGUCUGGAAUAUGAAUCCUGCUGUCCGCUUGUUGCUCAUCGUCCGGGAUCCUGCGGAAAGGCUGGUGUCAGACUACACCCAGGUCCUCCACAACCGCCUGGCCCGCCAGAAACCCUACCAGCCACUAGAAGAGCUCCUGCUUCUAAAAGGCCACAUUGACCCAAGGUACAAGGCACUACAGAGGAGUCUAUACCACCAGCACCUGGCCCGCUGGCUGGAUGUCUUCCCUAGGGAGCAGAUCCAUGUAGUGGACGGUGACGCGCUGAUUCGGGAUCCCUUCCCUGAGCUGAAGAAGGCAGAAAAGUUCCUAGACCUGCCACCAAGGAUAAGUCCAAACAACUUCUACUACAAUACCACCAAGGGCUUCUACUGUCUCCUUUCAUCCGGACAUGACAAGUGCUUGGAUGAGUCUAAAGGCAGGCCACAUGCCCCGCUCAGCAUCCAGGCCUUCAAAAAACUUUGUCGUUACUUCAGGAAGCCCAACAAGUUGUUCUUUGAGAUGGUGGGGAGGUCGUUUUCCUGGUGCUGAUAAAAGGGUGACAAAGAAGAUCAAAUACUGAAAAAUGACCAGGAACACUGAGAGAAACUGUCUUUGUUAGGUUUUGUGAGUAGAUGAGUGGAAGGGUUUUAGGUUUGGUUAAAAAUGUUGUAGUUGAAACCUACUCAGGUUAAGUGUGGCUUAUAAAAGCAGCACAUGGAGAACUCAAACUGCUUGAUCACACAAACCUUUACCGUGAUGCCUCAUUGGAUAGACUGUCAUGACGAAGCUUCAACAACUGUGCCAUACACAAUUUUAAAGAUGAUAACAUUACUAAUUGCCUGUUAGUGCUUAUUUUUGAAGUUGAUUCAAGAAAUCAUGCAGACUCUGAGGUCCUGCAGACGUGAAUAAAGAUGGUUGAAUUCAAUAAUUGUUGCACUAUGAACUCUAACUGCAAAAAAGUCAAUCGACCGUUUUGAAACAGAAUCUUGCUUUUAUUUCUCUCUUUGUGUGUUUUAGUUGUUAUAAUUUAUGUGUAGUUUCUCUGUUAUUCUUUUGGAUGACAUUUUAUAAGCUCUUUUGUAUGUAACCAUACUGAAAACUUGCUUCUCUUUACUUUGAAGGAUAGUGUAGUGCUAUGACUAGUUUGUGUUUUUUAAGACGUCUUUUAAUAAACAUGU